AUGCCCUUGCUGUAUCAACCGCUGCUUCGUAUGGCACACCCAGAGGGCCAUUCGGAUGCAGUCAUCGCUGUAACGUUCAGCCAAAAUGGAGACCUUGUGGCGUCCGGAGGGCUGGAUGGACGAGUUUGUGUUUGGAGCGUUGCAGACGGUACUUUGAGGUAUGUUUUUUCAGGGAAAAGCGCUAUCCUCUCGUUGCUGUGGCUCGAUACCUCCAACGAUCAAAUGGUCUGCGGCAUGGAAAAUGGUACCAUCGCCUUUCUUUCCAUCACAUCGACUAUCAUCAAGUUGGACGGUUUUUGGGCGCACGACUAUCCCGUGGAACGACUUGCUGUCAAGGGCAACUGUAUGGCAUCGGGAGCUCAUGAACAAGUCAAGAUCUGGUCUCGCGUUGGUGCACACUCAUGGGAUGAGAAGGCUUUGCUUGACCCCCCACCUCGCAGUGCGUGCACAACAAACCAGGACGUUAUAGUGACCAGUCUCCACUGGACAAGCAGCUUUGAUUCUCCCUCCCUCCUCCUGGUCACGUACAUGAGUCACGGCAUCGUGCUCUUUGAUGGGAGGACGGGCUCUCGUCUCCAUAUGAUGCCUGUACCCGGUCUUAUCGCCGAUGCCCAUCUCAGCCCUGAUCACACUUUACUCGCGGUCUCUAAUCUUCUCAACGGGUUUGAGCUGUUUCUCGUGGACAAACCGGGUGAAAUUGAGCCGCUGUUCUCAGUCAACCAGGAUGUUAGUGCUCGUCGACCGCUGCCUGUGCGUUUUCUGCACAAAGGUACCGCCUUUCUCGGUGGUACAUCGCAAGGCAAAAUCAACAUCUGGAGUGUUUAUACUCGCCUAAAGCAGACCCUUUCGCUCCCCGGUAAGCAUACAGGCUCACGGUAUCCCGCCCAUUAUGACAAUUCCACAGAUUCCUUUGUUAUCGUCACUGGGCUGUUUCGGCUCGGAGUACCGUGUCCUAUCAUACUAUGGAAGGCUCAGGAGGCUCGUACGUCCGCGUUCCACUUGCAAUUCAUCUUGACGCUCACUUGA